AUGUGCUCGGACCAGUACCUGCAGUCGAUUCAGCCGAUGUGGGCUUCAUUUGACGCUCCACCGUACAUCAACCACGUCAUCAUCGCCGUCUUCCACAGCCUCAUCCUCCUGGUGGGCUGCCUGGGCAACAUGUUCGUCGUCUGCGUCGUCUUCAGGAGGCCAUCGAACCUCCUUCUGCUAAAUCUGGCCAUCAGCGACUUCAUCAUGGUCUUCAAGUCGAUCACCAUCGUCAUCAACUCCAUCUUCACUGGACCAGUACUGGGCGUCGUCGGUUGCCAGUUCUACGGCUUCGCGACGGGCGCGACCGGCCUGGCCAGCAUCAUGACCCUGGCAGUGAUUGCUGAGAACCGCAGCCGGGCCAUUUGCCGACCUCUGGACCUCACGCACCAGCUGACCCGGCGACAGGCCUACUCCAAAGUCGGCUCCACCUGGGCGUACGGGCUCGUGCUCAGCUGUUUGCCGCUACUCGGCAUGGCAGGAGUGCGGUACUCUCCGGAAGGAUACAUGACCUCCUGCAGCUUUGAUUACAUAUCCGACAGCAUCGCCAACAAGGUCUUCAUCCUGGCGUUCUUCGCGGCCGCUUGGAUAAUGCCAUGCUUGCGCAUCUGUCGUUCUUACUACCGGUAA